AUGCCGGUCUCGCUGACCGACAACAAGGACGCACUGGUCCUACGUCUCAAGUACCACAAGACGACGCUCUUCCUCUCAUGUCAACCCACAACCUUCAUCUCGUCGCUGAAAGCCGACUUUCUUUCCGCCGUUCGAUCCACCAACCAACCAGAACUAUCCACUCUGCCACCCUCUACACAACCCGAUGGCAAAACAUACCCAGCAUGGAGCCAGAUGGAGGCGGAACGGGACGUUGGCCUCUUCAUCGCCAGUAGUACCGGUGCAGAUGACACUAUGACCAUAUACAUGCCUCUUGACCAAGACACGCCGCAAUCGGACUUGACCGUGCGCAAGGCAGGCCUCAAGGACGCGGAUGCGGUCUGCGUAGGCUUCCGCGCCGAAGGAUCCUCUUCCAUCUCUCAGCCAAUUGUUCAGUUCACUGACGUCGAAGAAGAGGAGGAGGAGGAAGCCGUCGAUCCCGAUUCAAUUCCGCCUCCACUGUCCGAAUGA